AAUUUGUCAUCAAAAAAAUCAAUGUUGUGGACGUGUAAAUUUGACUGAAAUAAUCUACGAUCUUCCAACUGCCAUUGUUUCAGAAGGUAGAGAUGUUAUAUCUGACAUCCGAGAAGGCGACAAGACGGAAAUUAUUAUUAAAUUAAUAGGUACACCACCCUUCCGAUUUACCUAUACCCGAAGAGAAUUAUUGAUUAACGGUAAAGAACGUAAACCAGGUCGGAUAUUGGAAACACAGACCGUUAUGAAUAUUCACAAAUAUAAUCAUUCGAUUUACACUUCACAACAAGGUAUUUUUCAAGUCAUACAUGUGGGAGAUCAGUACUGCGAGUAUCCACGGAGUUUUGAUAUUUUGCACUAG